AUGGACGACGAGCACGGCGACGACGACGGGCAGGAGGUGCAUGGUGCAGACCCAACAAGCCAAGGGGGAGGCAGUGAUGCGGAAUUCACACACUCGGACACAUGGAGACGCGGGCAGCCAUGGGCGUCCAGCUCAUUGCCCGUGGAACACCUUUGCCAUCAGUCGUCUGUGGCCUUUGGCGAGGAUCUCCUGCGCAACAGCCACGACACGGUCAACGAAAACAUCUUUGCGGAUUGGUGCUGGGGGACGCGACCACGGGCUGGAAAACGACGGGCCCAAGAGGGCUCCUCAGUGCCGAGGGGCAGCGACUCUGGCUUCGGGUCGCCAAGGGGGUCUCCGAGAGGGUCUCUUGCGUCCACGUCGAGUGACGAGGUCGAUGCCGGGCAUGAGCUGGCGACGCUUGGAUUCGGAAUGGGAUUGGGAUUCGGAUUCGGAUCGCGCAACCAGGCGGCGUGGAGAGGCAGACACGGGGUUUCGUCGUCGACGGCCUGGCCAGUGCUGAGGACGCGGACGCGGACGGGCUCCGUGGACCCCGACGUGGCCUCUACCUGUCGGGCCCUGUCCCUGCAGUACCUGGGCGCGGCCAUGGACAUGCACGACCGCAAGCCGCUGGCCACCAUGGUAGGGCCGCGGCGGGAGAAGUUGACGGAACAGCAAAAGCGGCGGAACCACAUCCUCCACGAGAAGAAGCGGCGUGCGCUCAUCAAGGACGGAUUCAACGACCUGCUCGACAUGGUUCCAGACGUCAAGGAUCGGGGGCUCAGCAAGUCGGCGAUUCUCUUCAAGACGGCGGAUUGGCUGGGCAGUUUGGUGUGCGAGAACGAGGCGCUGCGUGCGCGGGCAAGGGCCCUUGACGGCAGUGGCAGAGGCAGUGGCAGUGGCAGUGGCACAGCUGGCCAUCAGCCGUGA